GCGUUUCUAGAUGUCGUGUAGCAAAGCAUUGGCAAUAAAAAGGGACCAAUGUCGUUAUUACCCCAAUAUUGAACAGGAGUUGAUCGACCUACGCGACAGCUUAAAUGGCUUCCUCUAGUGAUUUCAAGUAUAACUUCGUGUCACACAAAGGCUUCAACCUCAUCAGCGGGACCCAUGAUCCAGCUGAGGUGGACGCGAUAUGCAAUUACGAAGUCCGAGAUUCCGAUGUGUUCGUCGUCACGUAUCCAAAGUCAGGGACCAUCUGGAUGCAACAGAUUCUUCGGCUCAUAGAAGCCAAAGGGGACCUAACCUCUGAAGAGCUCAACUCCGACCAGGUCCCCUGGAUCGAACUCCAGGGCAAAGGGAAGGAAUUUGUGGAGGCACCAAGCCCGAGGCUGCGCGUCACCCAUCUGCCAUACCACUUGAUGCCCCACGCUCUUAGUCAGAAGAAGGGGAAGGUGAUCUAUGUUGCUAGGAAUCCAAAAGAUGUUCUUGUGUCCUACUUCCACUUUCAUAAAUUUGCCACCAUGCUAGAGACACCAAAGGAUUUCAAUCACUUCUUCGAGAAGUUUAUUAGAGGAGACGUGUAUGGAAACAGUUGGUUUGAGCACACAAAGUCCUGGUACGCUCACCAAGACAACAUGCAAUUCCUCUUCAUCACCUACGAAGAAAUGAUUCAAGACCUUCGAUCGUCGGUAAAGAGGAUCUCCUCGUUCCUGGGCAAAAACCUGACAGAUGCACAGCUGACUGAAGUGGUCAAGCACAGUACCUUCAAGAACAUGAGGGUGAUCCCCCAGGCCAACUAUGAGAUGGUCCCCGAUGAUCUGCUCAACCAUCACAACGGAAAGUUCAUGAGGAAAGGUACGAUUGGCGACUGGAAGAACCAUUUCACAGUCAAUCAGAAUGAAAUAUUUGACCAAAUCUUCCAGAAGGAGAUGAAGGAGUUCCCUGUGUCCUUUGUCUGGGACAUCAAAGAUAUUGAACAAAUUACUGUAUAACUAUUGAAAACCUUAUCGUUUUUUUAAACUGUUUUAUUUACCUGAAUGUAUAAAAACACUGUGGCUGCUAACAAUGAACAUGAGAUGAACAAUUAAAUAAAUACAAUCAUGGAAAUUAUUUAAAAAUACCUUCUGCUACAGUAUAUUUAUGCUCUGUGUCCAUUAUAUUCAUUAUAC